CACAAAAAGAGUUUCUCUUUGGUCCUCCGACGCUGAUCUUUGUCCGAAAAUCUGCGAUGGCUUGCACGAGUUGGCUCCACCUCCACUCUACUUCUUUAACGCGCGUUUUCAUUCCCAUUCCCCACCACCCAACCGCUCUCUCCACCGCCUUCCUUCACCGGCUCUACCGUUUCACUUCACCCGCGCGGUUCACCUCCUCGCUAAAUCAAACCAAUCCUCAGCUGACCCCUGUCCACGCUCAAGCCAAGCGAGGUUUCUUAUCCAAAGACGAUGAAGUCGCUUCCAUGGAGGAUCUUCGGUUCGAUUCGCCGCUAAAAAUAGUGGAGUAUCCCGACCCGAUAUUGAGGAAGAGAAAUAAACGAAUUGAUACAUUCGAUGAGAAUUUGAAGAAGCUUGUCGAUGAAAUGUUCGACGUUAUGUACAAAACUGAUGGCAUUGGUCUCUCAGCUCCCCAAGUAGGAGUUAAUGUUCAACUUAUGGUGUUUAAUCCGGUUGGCGAGCGAGGUGAAGGACAAGAAAUCGUCCUUGUAAAUCCGAGAGUUAACAAAUAUUCCAAGAAGACAGUGCUGUUUAACGAAGGUUGCUUAUCUUUUCCAAGAAUCUAUGCUGAUGUAGAGAGACCAGAAUCCAUAAAGAUUGAUGCACGAGAUGUCAAUGGUGCUAGAUUUACAGUUAAUUUGUCUGGGCUUCGUGCACGCAUUUUCCAACAUGAAUUUGACCACCUUCAGGGGAUUCUGUUUUUUGACAGAAUGACAGGUGAAGUUCUUGACAGUAUUCGCGCACAGCUAGAGGCCUUAGAAAAGAAAUAUGAGGAUACGACUGGACUCCCCAGCCCUGAAAAGGUAGAAACCCAGAAAAGGAAGAAAGCUGCUGCUGGUUUUGGAAAAUCAUGAGUGUCUAGAGAGGCUUCCUCAAUCAUGUCAGGUGCUAAUUGCUUUCAUAGAGCAGCACAAUGGUGGCUGUGAUGCUGAAAGUGCCAAUUACUGGAGGUUGUUCACAGGACCAUAAUAGCUUAAAUACAAGAGUCAUGGAGUUUUGUAGGUUUAAUAGAUGAUACAAUUUGUCAACUUCAGGGAGGCAUGCGAUUCAUAUGUCUUUUUCGUAAAGCAAUUAGCAAUUAGUUAUUGUUCAUAGGUUAUUUUAUUAAUUGCUAAAUGGGAAAAUUGAAGUCUGCCCUUAGUUUCUUAACAGGUUUCCCAUCUGUUCACUCAUUUAUCCAUUCUCAUCAUCUUUUAUAACUCAUUUUCUUUCCCAUAUAGUUUCAAAAAUUUCACCCUAUAUGACAAGUAUUAUAUUGUGUAGUUUGACAGUGAAUUACAUCCCAUCUUUUUGGUGCUUUGUGUUCU